UAGUUGUUUAUCUUAUCUGUACGAUUUGCGAUUUUCACUAGUGUAAAUUUUGUGUUGUUUUUCGUAAUUAAAUAACCAUUUAUGACUCGAGUGUUUAGUGGCUCUUAAAAAAUUAAUCAUGUUCACUUUAAAAGUUGAAGAAUACAUCAUUAUAGCAGCAUUUUAUAUUAUAAUUAUAAUUGUGUUGCCAUCGUAAAAUACACGUAAUACCGAUCAUGGAUCCUAAUAAUUCAAAAACCGCACCAAGAACAAGCACUCCACCACCACCGUACGAUGAAGGCCCAGGAAUUUAUCCAGCAAGUUGUGUAUACUCUAAUGAAUACAUAACGCAACAUCAAAGUUUUACACCUGAGUGUAUAAUAGAAUCGACUUUGGGUCCAAUGCCAGUCCAUAUGUUUUGUCCGACGUGCCAUAAUUAUAUAAUUACCGAAACCAAUGAAUUGCCGUCAAACGAAGCGUAUUUAUGUUGCAUGCUAAUAUUUGUUGUAGGGUGUACAUUAUGUUCGUGUCUACCGUUCUUCAUGAAAUCUUUUCAAAAAGUUGACCACAAGUGUCCGCAGUGUACGUCUUACAUAGGAACGUAUAAACCAUGAAAAUUACGAUAUAUAACACUUGUAUAUGAAUUAUGUUUAGCAAACAAUUAUUUAAAACGUAUUGACAGUUUUAUAAUUUUAUUUCAAAUUUCAAGUGUAUAUAAUUAUUUCUACGUAAAAUAACAAGUAGCUUAUGCUAUUUGAAUUAAAUAUGUUUAACAUUUAAAAAAAAAAUACUAAUAAUAAAUAAUUAUAAUAAUUGUUAUGUGUAAUGACAUUCAGUAGUAUUAAUUAUACUAGUAAUUAUAUAAGUAAAUAAUCAAAUUUGUAUACAUGUAAUAUUUAUAAUUUAUAGAAAAUUUUUAAUAAACGAGUAAGUACACUAU